AUCCCAUCACACACAUGCCAUAUCGGAGCGGAUCCUAGUACAAAGACAGUAAGAGGAGUGUAGUCCAUUGAGAAGAUCGACAGACCUCUUAUUGUGUCACUCCAUACAACUGCACCAGGCCUUGAAUUCAGCAGCGGCUUAGAAGAGAAGGUGGAUUCAUCCGCUGGCUGACCAAUCGCAGUUAAGCAUCCCACACGUGACGAGCAGGGAGGGCGGGUCUUUAAGCUUUGCAGCGGAAAACCACCGGGCCAGACGAACGGAGUGAGCGUGAGAGAGGGCUAAAGCCUGCCAUACGCACUAAUCCUUCCACAGUGAUCAUGUGUAAGGGGAGUCUGAAGCGGCAGAAGGGGCCUAUGCGGAGCACUGCGGGGAAAUGGUGAGAUGCUGCAGGUCUUUGCAUAGCUCUCCCUCUUGCUACAAUCUCCACAGAGUCAGGGUUGAUGUGCGGCGUUUCCGUCCGCCGGGCUCCUCAGCGGGAGCGACAGGGGAGCCCGCACACGGUGCCAACAACGCCGGCACGGGGGGCCCAUCUCAGCUCAGCCACCGGAGCCGAUUCAGGUUGCAGUUCCCACAGUUGGCCCUACGGCGGCGACUAGGCCAGCUGAGCUGCAUGUCCCGGCCUACUGUCCGCCUUCGCUCAUGGCCUCUGUCCUUCCUCUACUACAUCCUGCCCUUUGGAGCGCUCAAACUUCUUGCCAAAGUAGGCUGGAGGCCCACAAGCAGAGUUACAAUCUACAAGUCCAUACCCACGAGACUCCUCUCCAGAGCCUGGGGUCGCUUGAACCAGGUGGACCUGCCAACUUGGUUACGGAAACCUAUCUUCAGAUUGUAUAUAUGGACGUUUGGAGUCAAUAUGAAGGAAGCAGCUAUAGAGGAUCUACAGCACUACAGAAACCUGGGCGAGUUUUUUAGGCGCAAACUCAAACCACAGGUUCGGCCGGUGUGCAACUCGCACUGCGUGAUCAGUCCAGCUGAUGGCAAGAUCCUUCAUUUUGGCCGUGUGAAGAACUGUGAGGUCGAGCAGGUGAAGGGAGUGACCUACUCUCUGGAAACAUUCCUCGGGCCGCGCAACUGGACCGAGAAUUUAACUGCUAACAGAAAUGAGGAUGAUCCUGGCACUUACCAGGAUGCCCUGGUCACUAAAGAGGGGAAUGAGUUGUUUCACUGUGUAGUUUAUCUGGCUCCAGGUGACUACCACUGCUUCCACUCGCCUACAGACUGGAGGGUGGCACACAGACGCCACUUCCCAGGUGCUCUAAUGUCAGUGAACCCAGGAGUUGCGCGCUGGAUCAAGGAACUUUUCUGCCAUAAUGAGCGGGUGGUCUUGAGUGGGGAGUGGACACACGGCUUCUUUUCACUCACUGCUGUAGGAGCGACAAAUGUAGGAUCUAUACGCAUCUAUUUUGACAAGGAGCUCCGCACCAACAACCCACGAUACAACAAAGGAACCUACAACGACUUCAGCUACGUAACUAACAACAGCCAGGAAGGUGUGAGCAUGAGAAAAGGAGAGCACCUGGGCGAGUUCAACUUGGGCUCGACUAUUGUACUGUUAUUCGAAGCUCCAAGGGAUUUUACCUUUAAUUUGAAAGCAGGCCAGAAGAUCCAUUUUGGAGAACCUCUUGGGACAAUGUAACGCCGACGAGAGGGGAACGGAAUCUGAUGAUGGACACGCAAAACUGUGUGCAGAUGCAUUCAGGGUCUCAAAAACUAAUAAACUCACAUUUGCAGAGAUGUACUCUGUUUAAACUGAGAUACAUGUGUGCUCAUAUGUACUCAGUCAACCACCACUGUUGCAUUAUUGCAGUCGUUUUGUUAGGGUUUAUGUUUUUUGUAAAAUCCAUCACGUAAAGUAUUUGUUUACCAUGAAAUGCCAUCCAGAUUUUUUGGCUCUAAAUUAUUUUUCUAUUUUGUUUUAGUAAAAGGGUUGUGUUGUUUUUGUGUUUGCCCAUAUUGCCUUUGGCUGGAGUCAACCUAUGUGAAGGGUUUGAUGAGUUCAGGAUUUCCACAGCUAACUCUGCAAGCAUUGGGAAUGUACGAGAGACCAUCACUAUUUGGUAGCUUCAUAUUUGCCAACGCUUAUCUUUAAAACCGUUCUCUCCGUCCAAAUUUUGCUCUUCACGAAGGUGCAAGCCAUUUUGACAGUAAAAUCGUGGCCACAUUUACUCGGUAAGAAAGAGUUUUGGAAAAGGCAGGCGACCGUUAUCACUGCCAUUGUUCUCUGGUGUUGAAUUAUGCCUUUGCUUGUUGGUGUAGCAAUACGUUGGGAGAUAAAUGUUAAGUAUUAUGCCGUCUCAACUUGAUUAGUGCCAAAACGCAAGAUAUAUUUUUACUACCACACCUUUUUUUGCCCUUUUGAUAUGAAUCCGGUUCUUGUAAUCUUAUGGCUUAUGUUUUUCAUUUUUUGACUUUUCUUUGUUUUAUUAACCAGCGCCUGACAAGUUCAACAGACCCUUCACCCUGAGCUAAAGAUAAAGACCAUCCGGACUCUCCUAAUCUGGACCACACAUAUGAAUGAAGAUUAGGGGAAGGACUCUGGAAAUAUUGCUUUGAAUGUGUUGAAAACACUGGGUUUUUCUGUGCACCAGGCCACACUUCUUUUGGAGUACAGUCUUGUUCAUUCAAUUCAUGUAACAGACAUUAAUACAAACUAUUUCAGAGCGCACGAAACAUGUCAUUAAUAAAUUUUGAAGUUUAUUUAAAA